AUGUGUAAAAUAUUACGAGAUCUCUUAGAACAAUGGUGUCUUCCUGAAGAAAUAAUCCAAGAAUUCGAAAAUGAUACGGAUUACGAGCAAUAUAUUUUGUGGUUGCAAAACAGUGAUACACCGUGGAUUAAAGUAACUCAAUUAUGGGAGAAAACAUCAAAAAUAAGACUGAAAUCUUUACGAUCCGAUAAUCAAAGUAUCCAAGACUACAUCAGACUUUAUUUUGCUUUAGAAGCAUCUCAGGGAUAUAUUUUAUUGGAAAAGGAUUUUGAGGAAUUAUAUCCUGAUGCACAUAUGAAAUUGUAUGCGGAAUGGGUUAAAUUAUCAUGUUUUAUAAAAAAAAAAUUAACUAAAAUAGAACCUAAAUUCAAAGCAGCUUCAAAUCCAGGUAUGACAAAUAUGCGUGCGCUAAACAAUUGUAAAAAAUAUCCUUUGUAA